AGUAUUUUCUAACUUAUGUGAUUAUCACUCACAUGAGUCAGAAAAUACUUUUUCCCUAAAAGCACAAUAUACUAUGUUCAACUCAUUUGUGGCAGAGUCUGAGGCGCUUGUCCGCAGGUCUAGAGUCUGCGCCCCAUGCUGGCUCUGAAUAUCCUCGAGUUUGAUCCACCAAGCGCCAAAUUCGUCAGUAUUAAUCCGGUAUAUGAUCGGGACCCUUUGAAUAUUCAGGAGGAAAAAAUUGCCGGAUUCACGUGCUUGAAAAGAAUAAGUUUCCGAAUUUUAGGCCAUUAACUACAGGCAAAUGAUGAAUUUUCUGAUUUCAAUUUUCAUUUUUUUACGUAUUGUCUCCGGUAUUUCUAGUCAGACAGUGCAUACGGUACCUCUCGGGUCUGAAGCUACUUUUCAUUGGCGCGUGAAUUCAAUUGAAGAAAAAGUGGCAGUUGAGAUUCACUACUCAGGCGAGAAGUUUUCCUGGUUUGCAGUUGGAUUUUCCAAUCGAGGAGAAGCGAGCCCGUCGGACUACUGCAUAUUUUGGAUCGAUUGGCACGGAGGAGUCAAUUUUCACGAUGCCUGGGCAGACGGCGAUGGAAAAAUCGAGACCGAUGCGAGCCAAGAUUGCACCAACUUCGCUUGGAAGAAGCCAGACAAAACGAACGUCACCAAGUUCACCUUUAGCCGCAAAUUUGACACCUGUGACGAGGGUGAUUACAUUAUCGAGAGGGGCACCACCCACGUCGUCUGGGCGAAGGGACGGGGUCCCCUUUCUUCUCUCGAUGGAUUAAAUGUUGUCUCCGACUCCACGACAUCGGGGAUGUCCAGGACUGAAUUGCUCAGACUGGGGCAUCAUCAAAAAGUGAAUUUCCCAAUUGACACGUGGAAAUUUAAACUUCUCGCAGAUCAAGUCAGGGUUCCGGAUGUUGAAACCACCUAUUGGUGCAGAGUACAACGACUUCCAGAUGCUUUGAGACACAAACACCACAUAUUGCAAUUUGGCCCGGCAAUUCAGAAGGGAAACGAGCAUUUGGUGCAUCACAUGGAGGUCUUUCACUGCGCGGGGCCCGCAGACGCUGCAGUACCGGCUUAUAGCGGUCCUUGUGACGCCUCGGAUCGCCCUGAAGGCACUCAAAUCUGCAAAAAAGUGUUGGCUGCGUGGGCCAUGGGCGCUGACGCUUUUGUCUAUCCCGAAGAAGCCGGUCUAUCCAUCGGAGGAGAGUCAUUCAAUCCCCACAUCAUGUUGGAGGUUCAUUACAAUAAUCCAGAGUUUCAAAAGGGAAAGAUUGAUUCCUCUGGCAUUGAGUUCUACCUGACGGAAAUACUCAGGAAAUAUGAUGCUGGAGUCAUUGAACUUGGCCUCGAAUAUACUGAUAAAAUGGCCAUCCCGCCUCAACAAGAGGAAUUUGAGCUGUCCGGCCACUGCGUAACAGAGUGUACCGGCGUUGGACUUCCACAAAAUGGAAUUCACAUAUUCGGAUCUCAACUCCAUACUCACUUGACUGGCACACGUGUCAGAACCCGACACAUCAGGGACGGCCAAGAAUUAUCACCGCUCAACUAUGACGAUCAUUAUUCAACACAUUUCCAGGAGAUUAGACUGCUGCCGGAACCAGUUCAUGUUCUGCCGGGAGAUUCUCUGAUUACCACCUGCACGUAUAACACCAUGGACCGUGAAAAUGUGACCCUGGGAGGUUUCGCCAUAUCUGAUGAGAUGUGUGUUAAUUAUAUCCAUUAUUACCCCAACGCUCGACUAGAGGUCUGCAAAAGUGCGAUAAGUGAUGACGCCCUUCGCACGUACUUCAGAUACAUGAGAGAAUGGGAGAACCAACGAACUGACUUUGACGAUGCCAUUUCCCGAAGUUAUGGAAAUAUCGAAUGGACGAAAAUUCGAGUUUCUGCACUUCAUGAUUUGUAUCAGGCAGCACCUCUUGGCAUGCAGUGCAAUGGAUCAGAUGGUUCUCGUUUGCCAGGACUUUGGGAUAAUAUAGCAGCGACGCAGGUGAAAUUGCCGUUGGCACCAUCCCCUAGGGACUGUCCACAACUUUCUUCUCAUCUAAACGACUUUCACUGAGGAAAACAAAUAUUCUACAAAUAUAUUUUUCAAUAUGUUGUUUAUUGGUCCAUAGGAAUCAUCGAGAAGAUUCUCUAUUGUAACAAUUAAUGCUCUAUUUAAUCUUUGGAAAUUCAAUGGCUCGAAAAGUUGACCGAGGUACUACGAAUAUAACCCCAAUUUUGAAGAUGAACGUUGGGAUGAAAUCUACAAUUGAUUUUUAUUGAAAGAGCAAGGGGUUUGGAAUUUGUUUCGAUUUUUAUUUUGAUGGUUUUCCCUUAAACAUAAAUAGAGCCAGAAUAACGCUCGUGGUUACCAACAAUUAGCGCUGCAGCACUGAAAAUCAAUCCUGUUAUGGAAUAAAAAUAUUAUAGUAAAACAGAGGUAGAAUAUUAUCCUUGUGAUGUGAUCGUAAUUUGUAGUGUGUGGAAGAAGAAUGCACUUGAGUUGCACAUGAUGGCAAACCAUUGAUUUUGAAAAAAACUUAAUUCACUCAGCGUCCUUCUAUCAAAUGAAGACUUUAAAUUCAAAUCAGUAUAUUUUAUUGCCUUACCUGAAGAUCCUAAAUGUAAGAGCAGUCAAACAUUUUUCUUUGAAUGAUUGAGAGACUAUUUUAAAGGAUUGUUGAUCAUCACACCUUCUCAUAAUUUUAAAUCCGUUAUUAGAAUUUAAUGCUGACUUGUAGAAAGAAUCAUUUUUUUCAAAUCAGGUAUUGUUCUUCCUGUAUGAAACAGUUUCCACUUUUUUCAUUAAAUUAGGAGUAGCUUUUAAUUGCUCAUUGAAAUGUAAUUCUCAUUUAGGUAGAGAUAGAUUUAGGAAGGUUUUCAUUCCUUCGUCAUUAAAAUGAAAGCCCUAAGAAAGUAAAUGAUUCUGAAAAGAUCUCUUCUAUAAUAUACGGAAAAACGAAGGUCAUCAUACAUAUAAAGUAGAAUUCAAUUUCCGUGAACAAUUAAAAUGUUUUUUUUAACUUAAUCAGAACAGUAAAAUGUAAUUCAUUUACUAAAAACAUCAUCUUUGACUGUGAAAAGAGGAAUACAUGGUCCAUUAUAUAUAUAUAAUGAUCACCAUUAUUAUAUGAUGAUCAUAUGAUCAUCAUGAACAAAUGAGAAUUUCUCUGUGUGGGAAUUUGUCCAUCAUUUUUCUGUGAUAUUUUUAUCCAUAACAAGAUUGACUUGAAACGCUAAUUAAUCGUAACGCACGCGAUAGUGUUCUCAUAAAUGUUAAUAUGAAUAAAUCCAUUGCGGUCGACCUCGCACUCAAUUGGUAGUCCACAUCCUACUGUCAUUGAUGAUAACAAGUUUAGAAGUUCAAAUAUACCAAUAAGUGCAUAGAAAGUAAAUAUUUUUCGGUCCAGGAGAAAACUACAAUAUGAAAAUCAUCGUAUGCGUCAAUCUAUUGUAAUAAUUACUUAACGAUAAUUUAUGUUAUUGAAAAAUAUUUUCCAAUCUAUCAGCUUGCGACUGACUUAAACACUUGAAUCAAAUGAAUGACUGUUCUUUGAAAAUAUUGAAGUAUGAAUUUACUGAUAGAAAAUUAUUCAUAAUGAAUUGUUUAUCUUUACCGGAAUUCGAUGCAAGUUCGUAAUGGUGAAUCGGUCAUUUUUUAAUGAAAUUCGUUGCAAGUUUCUGGAAGACUGCAACUGACCAUCAUCCUAGAGCUUCCAUCCUAAUGAAUCAUUUUGUUGCAUUUGACAAUGAGUUUUAAGCAGUAGAACCCUUCAAAGUUAGUCAAUCAAGGAACAAAAAAAAGAACAAAGUCCUAAACAAACUUUGUUAUGCAGCAAAUUGAUGGGAACAAAGAAGGUUCGAUUACAUAAACUCUGUCUCCCUUAGAGUUCGACGAUUUCAUCGAUUCGACGCUGAAUUAAUUAUUUUCUUGUGCACUCAACGACUCAACUGGGCCCUAUUUUACGACCUUAAUUUGAAUUCAAGAUCUAAUAUCUCAUUUCGAUUGUAUCUCAUAUAAUCGACCCUUGAUUUUUUUCGAUAGACGAAGAAUGCUGGCAGCCUGUUUGUGCUUUUGUGAUUUAAUGUAUAAAUAAACAAAAAAUCGUUCCAUGGCAA